CUUUUACUGCACAAUUCAGAGUUACGGCUUGAAUUGAAUGAAUAAAAAACUUGGAUGUAAGUAAGAUCAAGAACCUAGAAAUACAUGAACUCGCAUGAAUAUUAAUAAAUAAAUAAAGGAUCCUAAGUUUACACUUUAAUGUUACACAAACCAUCUGCCCUCUCUCCAUCAGAUAACAACCAAGAGUUUUAACUACCUUGAGAUCCGAGCACUCAUUAAACUAACUAGUACUCCUACCAAAGGAAGCAGCACCCCUCCCCUCACCAAACCACCCUUAGCCUUUGUUCUCUCUCCUUCUUCGGACAUCAAUGGCAGACUUUGAGCCAACACAUCAUCAAACUCACCACCACCAAACAAUCCCAAAAGAAACUGCUCUCCAAGCAUUAAACACUAUAAUCCAACUUCACUUCGAGAAAACCCUGGAAAAGAAAAGAGCUAUAGACCUCCAAAAGAAGGAGCUCCACAAACUUUUCCAGCUCUUCUUCAUCUUCCUAGCCCUUGUCUUCAUGGCUCAGGCUCAGUCUACUCGUCUCCAGUGCCGCCACUGCUGGGCUCCCAUCACUCUGCUUUCCCUGUCUCAUCUUAUUUUCUAUGUUUCCGUGGCUCAGACCUUGAGGUUCAUAAAUGGGUUCAAGUACCAGAGGAGGUGCCACAAGCUGACUCUUGGGCUGGCUACUGAGAAGCUGAGAGAAAUGAAGUCGAGGAUUAACAAUGGUGAGUUUGUUGAUGGGUUUGGAGAAGAGGGUGAGUUUGAGAUUCAUUACCAGGAGCCUCCUGAGAGUUACUUUGCAAAGUUCAAGAGGAACUGGGCAUUGCAUUUUGGUUUCUUGAUCCUGAUCUACGCCUUCACGGUUUCUUCUUCUGUUGUGAUGCUUUGUUUUUAGGUGUUGGGUCAUUACUGAUCAGGGUCUUUGUUUUGAAUUACAUUUUUAGUGUUUUUUCUUCAACUUUUUUUAACGGGCAGGAAUGUCACUGAUAAGAACAAUUGAUUGCUUUAUGUGUAUAUCUUGGAUUCUUGAGGCUCCAUAUUAAAUUGGAAAAAUUGAAAAUGAUGUGUAUUAUUCUUGCUUUUGAUGUUAUUUUUUCUUUAUGCAGUUUACAUUUUCAUUUUUCCUUUUCAGUUCCAGCUACUGUAGUAGUAUUAUCAUUUUUCAUGGGUUGUAAACUGAUUUAUGCUUUUGAUAAAAAGCUUAAUUCUUAAUGAUGAAGGUAGGGUCUGCUUUUUAUGGCUAGUUUUUGAAUAUACUAUAUAUAAUAUAUAUAUUUCGAAUUCUUGGUUUCUAGCAUUCCUUUGGGGUGUGGAA